GCGGCCGUGCCCAUCAGAGUGACUCGAACAGCGACCCGCGUGUGAUUCUAAACAGCAUAAUAUUACACGUAGAGAUCCACAGCAAUAAUUCGGACGUCUAUAUCGACCGUGUGUGUGUCUUGUCUGCGCGAGUGUUGCGCGUGAACGCGAUUGGAGCAGUGCCGCCGCGAAAACGCCACUAGAAGAAGAUACGAAACGUUACGAUGUCGGCCAAAACGAUGUUUUACGCGUUUGCCGUCUUUGCAUUGGCCGCGGUCUGGUCAGCCGCCGCUCUGCCACUGGUCGUCGACGAAGUCACGUCGCCGGCAAAUCUGAAAGAAAACCUUGACAUUGAAGCCUCGUCGGCGGAAGUUCAGAAGAAGCAUGAGCCUGAACAGCAGACGCAGGGAACGGACGCGUCAGUUCUGGAAACGGACGGAAUCGAAUCGUCUCCGAAUGUGCAGCAAUCCAGUCAAACAGAAGAAGUUACAGUUGGAUCAGAAAUUCCAGUGAUUGGAACCGACUCGAGCUUACCUGAAGUUUCUAACGUCAAGUCUGAUUCCGACGUUUCGACGAUAACCACUGCUGAACAAACGGAAGGCAUCACAGGAACAAACUCGCCUAACCCCGUUGCCGAAACCAACUCUCCCAGCUCCGUCGCCGGAACGGUACCUUCCAGUGCUGACACCAAACCUAGCCCAUUAGUCCCUGUUCGCGGUCAACCACCCAAACCGUACUACACGGGUGGCGUGCAGACUGUGAAAAUAGGACCUAGCAUUCCGUUCUUUUUGGAACUGAUACAGCCUUUCCAGCCUUUCCAGUCUUUCCAACCCUUCCAACCAUUUAAUCCUUACAGUUCCAACAAUGAUAAACCGUUCAGACACCAACCGAUACCAUUCGGUGCUCCCAUCGAUCCUUUCGCAAACCCCAUGAAUACCCAACCGUUUAACCAGAUGGUUGAAGCAUACACCAAUGAGUUUAGAACGCCUCAAGUCGUAAUUUUAAAACCGAAAAGAAACGUCCGACUUAAUACAACCGCAAUGCCACCCAUUCCGUUGCUAAUGAACAUCAUGCUUAACGCUUUUCGGCAUCAUGAGCCGUCAGAUAUGCUGGCAUCUUUUGACAAAAUGGGCAUGCCACCAAUGGAGAACUUUGGUGACGCUCAAGAAGGAUCAGAUAAGCCCGUGACGAAGACUACGUCCAAGACUGAGAUCAUUGACGGACACAGAGUUCAAAUAAACGAAACGACGGUCACCAACGGAGACGGAAAUCACAAGAGUUUCUACCAUUUCAAAGAAAUUCAGGUGCUGCCCGAAGGGAUGAACAAAAAAAUUUCAAAUGAAAAACUGAUAUCGAUAUCUAAUGAUGAUUCGGAGACAGAGAAAGUUGAAACGAACGAAAUCAAACCCAACCCGUCCGAUACAAUGGAAGCUAACGUUAACGACGACCGGAAGAACUUUAUUAAAAAGGCAUCCGGGCCCGUUUCACUGGACGAUCACUUCCAGACCGCUGCGGCUAGUUACUACGCGCCAUACGCUCCAUUGUACGGGCAGCGUCAACCGCCGGCCGGCCUUUUGCAGCAGAAACAGUACCACGGAUCGUAUCCGAUACCGAACCAAGCGUUUUACCCGGGACCCAAUCAAGGCUUUUACCCGGCUCCAAACCAAGGAUUUUACCCGGCCCAGAAUCAAGGAUUUUACCCAGCUCAUAAUCAAGGAUUUUAUCCGGCUCAGAAUCAAGGAUUUUACCCGGCUCAGAAUCAAGGAUCUCAUCCGGCCCAGAAUCAAGGAUUUUACCCGGCUCAGAAUCAAGGAUCUCAUCCGCCUCAUGCACGACCAGACCACGGAUCUCGUCCGUCCCAUCCACGCCCAGACCAAGUAACUCGUCCGACUCAAGCACCCAUCAGCUUGCACGGCGAUACUCUGGUCAACGAAAUCGCCGCUGCUCAACAACAAUCGUCCGGUGGUGUGGUGUUACCGCCCGACGUGGAGUUCGUGGACGUGAACGGAAAGCCGCAACCCAGCGGCCAGUACCAUCACUACAACAGCAACAAAAUCAUCAACGACAACGGUCGUCGCGGUCAUGACAAUUUUCCUGGUCGUAAGUACUGACUACGAACGCGUCCAAUCUGAACCACGGUCGACGUGUUACGACUAGGUACUUACUUAAUGAGUUAGGAUGCCUAAAAUAUUAAUUUAUUUUAUCGAAUUGUGCAUACGUACUAUAUACAUUAGUCUACAACGGCCCACUGUAUCAAACCGUUUUAUCGUUAAUACAUUUAAAAUAUUUUACACGGUACCUAUAUUGCAUAAUAUUACGUGUAGACCUCCUCGUCAUAUGAUAUGUAUUACCUAAGGAAAUGCGAAGUCGUCGUCAUUCUGCUUCGAUUAAUAUCAUCAGUUAUUAUUUAUUAAGAAUAUUGUUUUUGAUUUUUUUUUUUUGUAUAUAUUUUUAUACAUACACACACAUAAAUAUAUAUAUAUAUAAUAUAUCCUUUAUUAUGAGUACUUAUAAAAUAUAAAUAUUACCAUGUUUUUUACGUGUCCACCGGCUAUAGAAACGCUCCGUCUAGCGUUGUUGCGGUUGUGCGCUCUCUGUCUCUUAUUUAUAAUAUUAUCUGUGUACUGGCAGCUUAUUAUACCUACAACACAUAAAUAAUUAAUAAUCUCAUCGCUCUCGCAAUACUCACAUUUAAUUCAUGAAUAUAUUAUUUUCACGUGUAAACAGAAAUUUGUUCCUCGUGGAAUUUCAAAAGACGAUAAUAUACCUAUAAAUAUUAUAAUAUUAAAAAAAAAUAAUUUUAGAUUAUAUUGUUCUCAAUAUAGACGCCAUUUACUGCUAGACGUUUCAACAAGUAUAAUAUUGUUAUGUUCAAACGACAUUCAGUCAAUGUUUGGCGUUAGUUUUAAUGCGUAUUAUUAAUUAUUCUAUAAUUAUUAAUAAUUGUUU